AUGGAUAAAUUACCAAAUUUUAACGACGAAGAUAUUGAGAAAAUACUGCAUCCAAACAAUCUUUUUGGCGAUGAGCUAAGACCGCUCGAGAAGGAUACGUCAUCUGGCGUUAUCGAAGAUAUUGUGAAUCCGUCACUGGAUGCGGAGUCGCUUAGCCGAGAAGACACAGGAAGUUCGAGUAACCAGCCUGGCACUCAUUUGAUACAAAGGAUGGCACCAAUGGGGAUUUAUCAAGGAUCGCCACAUAUGAACAAUAACAAUCAGUUAUUACCGUUUAGAAAUGCAGUACAACCAGCACAACCAGCAACACCGCAGCAGCAGCAAUCGACGAGACAUUCAAAGACAAGACCUGCUUUCGUUAAUAAAGUAUGGAGCAUGCUUAACGAUGAGUCAAAUGCCAAUCUAAUUCAUUGGAGUGAUGACGGCAAAUCUUUUAUUGUUGUCAAUAGAGAAGAAUUUGUUCAUGAGAUCCUGCCCAAGUAUUUCAAGCAUUCAAAUUUUGCGUCAUUUGUCAGACAGUUAAAUAUGUAUGGCUGGCAUAAAGUCCAAGAUGUCAGAUCAGGCUCAAUUCAAACUAGUACAGAUGACAAAGGGCAGUUCGAGAACGAAUUUUUCAUAAGGGGAAGAGAAGAUUUGCUGGAAAAAAUUGUUAGACAAAAAUCUUCAGCAACAAAUGCGAAGGUAAACAAUGCCAACGGUGGUCCAUAUAAUGGAUCAGAUUUAAAUGUUAUGGGUGAAUUAAAUCUGGGUGACUCGUCCAACAUCAAUGCAUUAUUGGGCGAAUUAGAACAAAUCAAAUACAAUCAAAUGGCGAUAUCGAAGGACUUAUUAAGGAUCAACAAAGACAAUGAAAUGCUAUGGAAGGAAAACAUGAUGGCACGAGAGAGACAUAGAACGCAACAGCAAGCGCUGGAAAAGAUAUUGAGAUUCCUAGCAUCUUUAGUACCACAUAUGGAUCAAAAAAUGAUUACAGAAGGAAUAUUAAAUAAUAGCAACAACAACGUUCCAAUUAAUAGUCACAAUGGAAAUAUCAAUGGUAAUGAUAGCAGUAACGAUUUACACAUUGUCAAUAAUUUUGAUGAAGAUUUAACAAAUUUGACUGCGAAUACACCCCUCGAUAGUUCACAGCCUUAUGGAUCAAAUGCAUACAGUCUCAAUGAACCGAUGUUGAUGGAUCAACGAGGAAAAUCUAGGUAUUUAUUGAAAAAUAGAACAAACUCCACAACUUCCUCAAGUACUUCAAGGAUGAGAAAUUACUCAAGUGAUGGAAGAAUAUCAGAGAUACCGUUUGAUCAGGAUGAAGAAACAAAUAGUGAAAGCAAUCUUGACAAGUCAAACUAUGCCGUGGGGCUUCGAGAUCAGAACGCUCGCUAUAAUCCCAAUUUUUUCAAUCAUUUGCAGUCAAACAUUGACGAACAGGACGAAAGAAUCAAACAUUUGGAAGAUAUGGUGCACGUCUUAUCACCUUCUGAUCCCAACCUCAAUAAAAAUCAACAAAUGAACUCUAAUGCCCACUUAAAUCCAAAUACAAAUUUUGAUCUCCAAGAUUAUUGUUUCAGUAACGUGAACUCGCCAACUCUAGACGCAAACCGCCAUACAAAGUUAAAUACAUCAACGGGCUUGAGCCCAUUGAUACAAACAGACAACGAAGAUCUAAUAUCGUUGGGCAAUCUUCCCAAUACGCUUAUAAGCGACGUGUCUGGUGCAACACAACAAAGCGUACCGCAUGAGAAGCGUUCUGCUGAAGAAAUGUCCGAAGCCAGCAAAGAUGCAAUGAUUGAGGAGAUCAAUACUCCAUCAUCUAAGCGAUCGAGGAGCUAA